UCCUCCUCCUCCUCCAGUCACCACGAGAGUGUGGAAGCCCGUCAGCAGUGACUGUUCCUCAGUUAGCCAGUGUUGCUUUGCGAGGGCUGUGAGUCAGUGGGGGCUGAGAGGGCAGCAGGCCAUGCAUGCAACACACGACCAGACGAGACAAGGGGGGACACACAACAGUUUCUCUUAAGGAACGUAAAGAGCUGCCACAUGUGUUCUCUCCCUUGACCGUUCUCCUCGGCACCAACGGGAAGCAGCUGGGGUGCUUUGUGUGUUCCACAAAGGUUUCAAAUAACUCCAGGCUCAACUCUUGAGGUACCCUCUGCCUCAGCAUGGGCUGUUCGUCGUCCAGCGCGCAGGUUGUGGAUGAGGAGAAGAGACCGGUCAGCAAGUUGGUGGAGAGCAAUGGGAAUACCGUGGCAAACGGCGCCAUCCUUGAAGACUCAAGGAUCAUUGAGGAUCAGGUACUGCUGCCUGGGCAGACUUUCCUAUCGGAGGUCGGUGGACCUAGUACCGAGGAUGAAGCAGAGGAAGUGCUAAUGGGCCUGGAGGCCGAGGAGGACCUGGGCUCUGGGGAAGACCUUCUUGCUGCUCUUGUGCCAGAAGAAGAACCACAACCAGAACCAUCUGAAGAGCCUGCUCCCUCUGAUGAACCAGCAGCAUCCCAAACCCUUGUGACGAUAGUGGAAGCACUGUUGCCGUUGGAUGAAGCAGGCACUAAUGAACCUGCAGCUUCAGAUGCACCUUCUGAGGUGGAAGCCAUUAUUGAGAGCACAGAGGAAGUCCUGGCAGUGGAGCCUGAUGUAUCUGUUAUCCAGGAUGAACCUCCUGCGCCAGUUCAGGCCAAAGCUGAGUUUGUUGCAAAUGUGGAGGCAGAAAUCCCAGCAGCGAAUGAAACCCCUAUACCAGCUCCAAGUGAAGUUUCAGCACCAGCUGCAAUCAUUUCAGCAGUAGAAGUUGAAACAUCUCCGCCAGUUGAAACAUCUCCACAACUUGAAACUACUCAACAAGUUGACGUUUCUGCAACAGAAGAAGUUUGCGCACCAGUUGAUGUUCCUUCACCACCAGAAGUUUCAGCACCAGCUGAGGUUAUUUCACAAAUAGAAACCUCUGAACAAGUAGAAGUUUCAGCAGCAGUUGAAACACUUCCAGAAGCAGAAGUUUCAGCACAGGUAGAAGCCUAUCCACCAGUUGAGGUUCCAGCAAUAGUAGAAGUCCCUCCAUCAGUUGAUGUUCCAGCACCAGUAGAAGUCUCUCCACCAAUUGAGGUUCAAGCACCAGUAGAAGCCUCUCCACCAGUUGAGGUUCCAGCACCAGUAGAAGCCUCUCCACCAGUUGAGGUUUCAGCACCAGUGGAAGUCUCUCCACCAGUUGAGGUUAAAGCACCAGUAGAAGUCUCUCCACCAGUUGAGGUUCCAGCACCAGUAGAAGUCUGUCCACCAUUUGAGGGUCCAGCAGCAGUAGAAGUCUCUCCACCAGUUGAGGUUCCAGCACCUGUAGAAGUCUCUCCACCAGUUGAGGUUCCAGCACCAGUUGAGGUCUCUCUACCAGUUGAGGUUCCAGCACCUGUAGAAGUCUCUCCACCAGUUGAGGUUCCAGCACCAGUUGAGGUCUCUCCACCAGUUGAGGUUCCAGCACCAGUAGAAGUCUCUCCACCAGUUGAGGUUCCAGCACAAGUAGAAGUCUCUCCACCAGUUGAGGUUCCAGCACAAGUAGAAGUCUCUCCACCAGUUGAGGUUCCAGCACCAGUAGAAGUCUCUCCACCAGUUGAGGUUUUAGCAGCAGUAGAAGUCUUUCCACCAGUUGAGGUUCCAGCACUGGUAGAAGUCUCUCCACCAGUUGAGGUUCCAGCACAAGUAGAAGUCUCUCUACCAGUUGAGCUUCCAGCACAAGUUGAAGAAACAGUCCAAACCUUGGCCAUUGAUCAGUCAAUAAUCGAUUUACAAAUCGCUGCAGCUACAGUGCCAGAAGUCCUACUGAUGUCUCUGGUUGCAUUGGACAAAACAGCUGAGCCAGCUGUGUCUCCUGAGAAAGAGGCUCCAGAACAAUCUGCCUUAGCAGCUGCUAAAGUACCACCUGCAGAACCCACACCUUAAGGGACAAGGCUGUCAGCACCACAGGUUCUCUCCAGGAACGGUGAGCUCCACAAAGGAAGCCUGGUGAGGACGAAGACCAAAUACAUGUGCGCUGGAUCUGUCCACGGAUCACAUACUGCACUCCCUCAACCGACUCUGAGAUAAAUAACAAAGAAUGCCCUCAAGAGUCACAGACACCAAAUUAAACCCUAAUGUUUGUCCCUGUAUGAAGAAUUUAAUUGGAUGUUCAAAUCAGAAAGAACUUUGUUGUCUGAUCAAAGCUAACCCUAACCUAAUCUAAUAUUGAUCAACCUUUAAAUAUCAUCAUUGUACCACAGAUGGCCGGCAAUUGUUUGUCUUUACCCGUGAAACAUAUCCAUUGCAGUAGUCAUAGGAGCGCCAUGCAGGAAGAAGAAAAAAAAACUCAGAACAUGUACAUUCAUGUAUGAAUCAGUGGAAACUUCUGGGAGCUAUAAAACACAGCAGCAAAACAAACAUGUGGUUCUACAUUGGUGAAUAUUCUAAUUAAGUUCUUUACAGCUGUGAUGUCACAGCAUGUUUUGGAAGACCUCAAGUGCCUAAAGUAACAUGCAUAACAAACAUGAAUACUUAACACACAUUAACAACUAUUUUAAAUAUAUUUUUUAAUUGACAUAAUCACAACUGUAUAAGGUCUGGUUCAAGGAAAACAUGCCACGGAUACAGCUACAGUGAAUUAAGCAACACAUUUUCAUCAAGGCACCUGUUUCUUUGCAUUUAAGAUAAUUUCUCACAUGGUUUUUGUAUGUAUGUUGAAUGCUCACGUUUUCUUAACAUAUAUAUGUUUAAGAGGUACCAUGAUUGAAACUUUGUUAAUGAAUCAAUAGUAAAAGUUAUUUUCAAAAUGUGUUUUGUACUAUUAAGAGGUACUGUAUGCAGUUUUUCUGUAGAACGUCAUUUGAGAGGUCUUAAGCACAGAGGAUUCGGUUCAUUUAGUAGUAGAUACUGGGAUGUCUUUAUUGGGAAAAUACCAUUUGGCUGGAGGAGCUAGAGCUCAGAAAUAUGCCAUCAUAUCUCGUCCAAAUGAUAUUGAGAAACCUGGCAUAGGCGUUGUCACUAUGCACAACGGAACGGAUUGGAUUCUACAGCAGGAACAAAUAACUCAGAUAAAAUUUGCAUUUAGGGGAUUUUGCUGACGCUUUUAUCCAAAGCGACUUAUUCACACAUUCACACACCGACGGCGGAGUCAACCAUGCAGGGCGACAGCAGCACAUCAGGAGAAGUUAGGGUUAUGUGCCUUGCUUAGGGACACUCGACGAGGAGCCGGGGAUCGAACUAGCAACCUUCCGGUUACCAGUCAACCCGCUCUACCUCCUGAGGUCCUGAACACGCAAAGUGGAUCAUAAUCUUAUUUUUCAAAAAGGUAAAAUGUUUGUUACUGUGACAUGAGUCAAAGCGAGGUUGGAGUUUUGUAACAUUGUUUGUUUUUUCUUUUUCAAGUGUAUCAACAAUGCCGCUAACCUUUUAGUGUGCAAAAUAAAGCUUUAUAGACUAAU